CUUUUCCUUUUCUUUCCCUCUUACAUUUUCUAUCCUCCAAGACAAAGUAAGUCUUGUCUGGCAGUCAGAAUUAUUUUUCAACCUGGGUCCUGGUUCAUUCUUAAGACAAGACAAGAGAAGAGAUUCUCAAUUGGAAGAUGAAAUUGAAAUUGAAAUUGAAAUGGGAGCCAAACUUGUUGAGUAAGAACAAUGGUUUAUUUUAGGAGAAUAUGCUAAUGCUAUCUUCUUCUGCUCUUUCCAAUCCCAAAACUCAAUCUUUUUUCUUCUUCCUUUCUAGGGUUUAGGGUUUUUUUUCCCCUUUCUUUCAAGCAAACCAUUUUUGGUCGGGAGAAAGGGAAGAAGAAUAUUACUGUUUUGGGUCUCUUGGAAUAUGCAAUAUCUCCGUAAGUAAAUCAAACAUGGUUGAGAACGCGAAGAAGUCGAUGAAGGGUUCGAUCAGCGAAGAAGACAUUGCAACUCUUUUAAAUAGUGGCAGGUAUUCGGCAACAGCUGUGUUGACAUUACUUCAGGAAGUGUCGAAUUGUCAAGAUUUAAAUAUUGAUUGGAACGCGUUGGUGGAGAAGACCUCGACUGGGAUUUCUAAUGCCAAUGAGUAUCAAAUGCUGUGGCGCCAUUUAGCUUAUCGCCAAUCUUUGCUUGAAAAUUUUGAAGACGGGACAGGAGCUCAGCCUAUGGAUGAUGAUAGUGACUUGGAAUAUGAGUUGGAAGCAUUCCCUACGGUUAGUGGUGAAGCUUUAGUUGAGGCUGCAGCAUGUGUGAAGGUGCUGAUUGCAUCUGGAGCAUCAAGUGACUCCAUCCCUUGUGGCUCAACUGUUGAGGCACCUUUGACCAUAAACGUACCAAAUGGGCAGUCUUCUAAAGCUUUAGAACAACCAAGUUGUUCCAUACAAGGGACGAAUGUUACAGUUCCUGUCUCUGUCCAGAAGCAACCUGUACCCUCAGCAACAAUUGCUGAGACAGAUCUAAAUGGAUUAGCUAAUGCCAACUUGCAGAGGAGGAAGAGAAAACCAUGGUCUGAGGCUGAGGAUUUGGAACUUAUUGCUGCUGUGCAGAAAUGUGGUGAAGGGAAUUGGGCGAAUAUCCUAAGAGGAGACUUUAAGGGCGACCGAACUGCCUCGCAGCUUUCUCAGAGGUGGGCCAUUAUUAGAAAGAGACAUGGUAACUUGAAUCUGGGAGGCCAUUCAAAUGGCACACAACUUUCUGAGGCACAGCUGGCAGCUCGUCAUGCUGUAUCCCUUGCUCUGAAUAUGCCAGUUAAAAGCCUAACAGCUGGAGCUACGGCCACUAAUGGCUCAGCCGUGACAAAUUCCAUCAAUAACUCUGCUGGAACUAAUGGAACUAAGAACUCCCUUCUUGUCACGGGUGCUGCUGAAGCUUCAAUGGGUAGCAACAGCAGUUUUUUACAAUCACAAAAGCAGGCUCAAGAAAACCUCACACCAAAACCAUCUCCAGUGGUGUCACUGGGUCUAACAGCAAAACCUCGAUUACCCCUUAAAAAGCCUGUACUGAAAUCUUCUCCAAGUUCAGAUGCCAUGGUAAGAGCCACUGCCGUAGCUGCUGGGGCACGCAUUGCUUCUCCAUCAGAUGCUGCUUCAUUGCUCAAGGCUGCUCAGGCAAAGAAUGCUGUACAUAUUAUGCCCACAGGCAGUGGCUCUAUUAAGGCCACCGGUGCCAUCUCUGUCCUCUCAGAGAGUCAUCCUAAUGUACACUAUAUCCGUACCGGCCUAGCAUCUGCACCACUUUCCACGUACUCUGCUGCCUCACCAAUUGCUUCAUUGAACAGUUCAGUUAAAUCCAUUCCACCAGCAGUUCAGCAUACUCCAGCUAGUAAUGCCCCAUCAUCAGAUGUUUCUUCUAAGCAGAAAAAUGAUGUGAGCAACACUCCUUCGGUAUCUGAAGUUCCAUUAAAACAAGCUGUUAAGACAGAAGAAAUAUCAGUUUCUGAGUUGAGGCCUGCCACUAAAGAUCAAAUACAAGGAGAUCGAGCUAGUAUCUCUUCUAAUUCUCUGGGUGAAGCAGUCAAAGAAAAUAAAGUGGCAUUACCAGAUCCCAAGGUUGAGGUUAAUGGUAAAUCUGAUGUUAAGAGUUUGGUUAGUCCAAUGAAUGUGACUACAUCUGUAAAUGAUCAAGUUACCGUAGACGUCCAACCAAAAAAUAGGGUAAGUGAGAAAGAUACCGAAAUGAUGAGUUCAGUAGCUGAAGCAGGUGUGACUGGUGAUGCUGUUAAGGAAGAUGCUGACAAUCAAAACAUAGAUAAGAUGGAGGAAGAUCCAUCGAGUGCGAAGGCAGCCGCUUGCAGUGAGAAGCCAGAGAUUGUAUGCAAAGAAGCUAACACCAAGAGUUGAAAUGGAGUAGACGGCUCAAAUUUGCAUUUCGAUUCUAUUGAAUGUGUUAGGAAUUGUGUAUUGUAGAUUAGAUGUUAAAAAACUCUUGUGGAAAUUGAAGGAUGGAGCAAAAUAUUUGAUCAUGUAAAUGUUGUUGUUUGCCUUAAAUUUCCCAUUCAUAAAUUGGUAUCCAUAAUAUGUUAGCACACAAACUUGAUAACUCUGAUAAAACGAAAAAAGGGAAGAGUUAAAAUUGUUCUAUCAUAAGAUUUCACAAUAUUGUGUAUUGUGAAA